AUGGCGCUUCGCACUCUAAUUUUCAAGGUGCUAGAAGAGGCAAAGCACAUCAAACUAGUUAAUGCUAAGGUCUACAACACUACUCUGUUUAGGGGCAAGAUGACCGUGGUGAUUUUCAACAAGCGUUACUACCCAAAUAAUAUCAUUGAUCAGCAUAUAAAGUUCUUUACCACUGGUCGCAGCAGCAGCAACAACAAUAACGGCACGACCAAUGACAAUGACAAGGACAAGGACGAGAAUAUAUCCGUUGAUUGA